UCAGGGUCUUUUCCAGUGAGUCAGAUCUUCGUAUCAGGUAGUCAAAGUAUCGGAGCUUCAGCAUCAGUCCUUGCGGUGAAUAUUCAGGGUUGAUUUCCUUUCGAAUUGACUGGUGGGUUGCCAUUAAGAGCUCAGAGACCACAGACUCAUUGACUCUUGUCAACAAGUUUAGUUGGGCUAAAAACACACAAGACUGUUGGAAAGUGUGUGCAACUGCAGAGGUUUGAAAAAGCCCAUGUUUAUGGGCAUCAGUCCACUGCAGAACUGCAGGGACUUAAACGUCCCUGCCUCCAGGAUUAACUGGAGUGUGUCCCCUUAGUGAUGGUACAGCACUGUCUGUCCUGAUGUUUGUUGCAAGUUGAAUGGAAAAGCACAGUGAAGUCAGGGGUAACUGGCUUAAGUGCCCUGGCUGCCCAGACACCCGAGUUGGUGGCACCUGAUUUGGCCCUUACAUCCUAGAGCGCUGGUCCUGUGUGGAGGAAGUGAAGCCCUCAGACACCACGGGGUUACGUGCUGUGAGGAGCUCAAUCGUGCUGAGCCGGCUCCCAGCAGACAAGUGCCCACGUUUUCAUCUGCCCCACUCCGGUCCUGCAGAUUAAGAAUGUCCCAUAAGAAAUCACAGCUUUGUUGCAGAGCCAAUGUUUACACUCAAGUGCCUGACGGUGGGUGGGGCUGGGUGGUCGCGGUUUCUUUUUUCUUCGUUGAAGUCUUCACCUACGGCAUCAUCAAGUCGUUCGGCGUCUUCUUCAAUGACUUAAUGGACAGUUUCAGUGAGUCCAACAGCAGGAUCUCAUGGAUCAUCUCCAUUUGUGUGUUCGUCUUAACAUUCACAGCCCCGCUCUCCACGGUCCUGAGCAGCCGGUUUGGACACCGCCUGGUGGUGAUGCUGGGCGGCCUGCUGGUCAGCGCGGGCAUGGUGACAGCCGCCUUCUCGCAGAAGGUCUACCACAUGUACAUCGCCAUCGGCGUCGUCUCUGGCCUGGGGUUCUGCUUCAGCUUUCUGCCGACGGUCACCAUCCUCUCACAGUACUUCGACAGGAGACGCUCCGUGGUCACGGCGGUUGCUUCUACGGGAGAGUGUUUCGCCAUGUUUGCUUUCGCACCAGCCAUCACAGCCCUGAAGGAGACGGUGGGCUGGAGGUACAGCAUGCUCUUCGUGGGGCUCCUGCAACUCAACCUCGUGGUCUGCGGCGCGCUGCUCAGACCCAUCGUCAUCGUCGGCGCACCGGGGACCCCCAAGACCCCCGCCCCCGAGCACCGGAAGGAAGCGCAGUACAUGCUGGAGAACGAGAAAACCCGCACCUCCAUCGACUCCAUCGACUCAGGAGUAGAGCUAACUACCUCACCGAAGAACGUGCCUGGCCACCCGGCCGUGGUGGAGCCCGCGGCCGAGCUGCAGGCCCGGGGCCGGCCCGGCCCCCCGCUGCUGGACUUCUCCGUGCUGACAGAGAGGAGCUUCAUCUGCUACACGCUCUUCGGGCUCUUCGUGACGCUGGGCUUCUUCGCCCCGUCCCUGUACAUCAUCCCGCUGGGGCUCAGCCUCGGCCUGGACCGCGACCGCGCGGCCCUGCUGCUGUGCGCCAUGGCCGUGGCCGAGGUGUUCGGCCGCAUUGGAGCGGGGCUGGUCCUCAACCGGGAGCCCAUCCGCAAGGUCUACAUCGAGCUCAUCUGUGUCAUCCUGCUGACCCUGUCCCUGUUCACCUUCACCUUCGCCACGGGCUUCUGGGGCCUCAUGGCCUGCAGUGUCUUCUCAGGGGCCAUGAUCGGGACCGUGGCGGGCACCCACAUCCCGCUGCUCGCCGAGGACGACGUCGUGGGCAUCCAGAAGAUGUCGUCGGCGGCCGGAGUCUACGUCUUCUUCCAGAGCAUCUCGGGGCUGGCCGGACCCCCCCUUGCAGGUCUGCUGGUGGACCAGAGCAGGAUCUACAGCAGAGCCUUCUACUCCUGUGCGGCCGGGAUGCUGGUGGCCGCCGUGUGCCUCGCCCUCGUGAGACCCUGCAAGCAGGGACUGUGCUGCCGGCCCCGAACCCGGGAGGGCAAGGCCGGGGGUCCCCGAGGGAAAAAAGCGUUGCAGGACAUACCCGAAGACUUUCUGGAGAUGGACCUGGGGAAGACCGAGCACAGAGCUCCUGCAAGAAUGGAGCCCGUCUGACACCCGCGUCCAUCACUGCAGCACCCCGGGGCCGGGGAGGGCGUGGGGCGGGGGGCCUGGGCGGCAGAGCAGCGGACCACCCGCCCGCUUUCCGACUGCACUUCAAAGGGAAUGUAUGUGAGAACCACUACCAACAUCCGUCUUGUUUUCUUCUUAUAAGUUUUCUUUUUUGCUUGUUUUUUACACCAAAACAAAAGCAGUGGAGCUCCUUUCUGUGCAUCAGCCUGGCUGGGUUCAGCAGCAACACAAAGACAGGCAGGAGGACUCUGGGCCACAUUCCGGUUUUAAAAUAGGGACAUGAAUUGGCAAAGUGGUUUGAAGAGCUCUCACGUUUGAUAAGCCGCUAUCGUAGAAAAUGACAUCUGGCCCAGGCCACUGAAAUGAAAUCAGCCACUCAAAAAAAAAAAAAACAACUUACAUCAUUUAAAAAAUUCCUCAUUUUCAGAAUUAUGAACAAGUUGUUUAAAAACCUUUGAAAAAUUCUGAGGUUUCCAUUAACACGUUAGGGCCUCUGAAUUUUCCAGAUAUUCCAUGGAAACAAAGUAUAAGACCAAACCUUUGGCCAGUAAAUGGAAAUGUUUUAAAAUAUACAUUAACUUGAACUUCAGAAAUGUGAAGAUGACCACUUCUUUGUGCGGCCAGUCAUUUACCAGUAUUUCAGUACAGACCACACAGCAUGGCAUUCAGAAAUGAAUUUCCUAUUGCUUUUUAAUUAUUCAGAAAUAUGUGAUUGUAGUGUCUUUAAUUUAAACCACUAUUUAUUAUUAAGUUAUUCUAGAAUGAAUAAAGUAAUCAAAAGAAAGUCUGAGACAUAAGCAGAAUUUUUACCUCCCUUCUGCAAUCCUUGACAUGCCUCUUAACUUGUAAAGUUACUCUCUAAAAGGCCAAGUUGUAAGGAUUCUUCAUUUUAAUGGCAAUGUGUGUGAGUGAAAGGGGGCAGGGGGAUGAACAGCAAAUCGCCUUAGCUUUUUUAAAUGAUUUAUCACCUAAGAAUACUUGAGGAUCUUCUUUGAUCAGAAUUAUAUCUCAUUGAAUUGUUGAAGCAUUUGAUUUUUUUUUUUUUACUAUCUCGCUGUUGAAGCAUUUCUGUAUUUCACAAGGGGUAGCAGAGACAUUUAAUUCGCCGUCAUGAGUUAUGUCCUAGAAACCUUGAUUGCUCUGCGUUGCAGGGUCAUCGGGUGAGCCGGUCACUGUUCUUUUUGGCAUCACACUACACGGAUAGUAUUUUUUUUUCUGUAAAAGGGCAGGUUAUGAGGGGAACAGGUGGGCUACGGACUCACGUGUCCUGAUCUCAUUCUGCAGGUGACGGUCAGAGCCGCUGCUCCAUCUCUACUCAUUUUACUGUUAAUUUUUGACAACUCAGGGGGAAAAAAAAUAUAACAAGCCUAGUUUGGUUCCAGGUACACACAAGCUUGAAUGUUUCUCUGCACUGAGACAAAAGUGGCAUAGCUCACCACCGCCUGCUACAUUUUUGUAUAGUGCUGGAUCAGCCAUAGAAAUAGGACAAUCUGUAGACCCUGGGGAGGGAGGGGAGGAGGCAAUCACCGAGAGUCCGUCAGAGACAGGCACAGCUGGGACGGGGCGGACGGGGCAGGCGGGGCAGAUGUCACUGCCCAGAGGGACUCGAAGCUUGUGGCACGUUUGCAGGCUCCAUGACUUCAGCACUUUACUACGUUUUUUACUAUGAAUGUUCGAUACAAUUUAAUAUUUAUAACUGGUUUCAGAGCGAUCUGCUCAAGACGUCCAUUCUGUUAAAUGCAUGGGAAAAAAAAAAUGUAUGCCAAUUUCAGUAUGUCAGUAAUUGAGGUUUUUAAAUGUUUGGAAGAAAAUGAAAACAGGAUUGCUGAUUUGUUCUGUAUUCUGUGACAUUCUGGUACUUCUAGAUUUGCAAUAAAUGUAUGGCUUUUUUAUUUA